GGAGAGCAGCAUCUCCCCUCGGAUGGGGCUCUGAGCGUCUCCACCGCGCCGCGGGGCAGCCCCCCUGCCCCCCCAGUUCCAGGGCAAAAUGGCUCAGGACAUGACAGAGAAGGAGCUGCUGAAGAUGGAGCUGGAUCAGCUGAAGAAGGAGGUGAAGAACGAGAGGCAAAUGGUCUCCAAGACCGGCAAAGAGCUCAAGGAGUACAUCGAGUCCAUGGCGGGCGAGGACCCGCUGCUGAAAGGGGUCCCCGAGGACAAGAACCCCUUCAAGGAGAAGGGAGGCUGUAUAAUAAGCUGACCCCCCCCGGCCCCGCUGGCACCGCCGGGCACGGGGAUGUUCCCGUGUGCCACCCAGGACUGUCAGAAACCUGCUUUCCCCGUAGUCCGCCCUCGGCACCGAGGAGGAGCCCAGAACCACAGUGUAGUGCAGCUAAAGGACAGCAAGAGGAAAAAAAAGAAGAUAAAAAAAGAGACAAAAAACCCCCAAAAACCCCUCCCCCCUCACCCCCCCGCUGCCGCCGGGGCUGAGGUUCAGCGCUGUCCGU